GGGCGCUUCUCCGCCCGGGAGUGGGACGCCGCGGUCCCCGGCUCUUCUCCAGAUAGUUUGCUGAGAAGUUUGGGCAGAGCAGCCGGAGGGUGAGGUGUGGCGUUGGUUCCUCAAUGAGAACUUAAUAGAAGUAUUUUAAAAGAAUACUCUACCAUGGCCUCAGCAGUCAUUAGCUCUGUUCUCACCACUGCUUCUCGUUUUGCCCUGUUACAAGUAGACAGUGGCAGUGGUUCUGAUUCUGAGCCUGGAAAAGGCAAAGGUCGUAAUACUGGAAAGUCUCAAACUCUGGGAAACAAAUCAACUACAAAUGAGAAAAAGAGAGAGAAAAGAAGAAAAAAGAAGGAACAGCAACAGAGUGAAGCAAAUGAGCUCAGGAAUCUAGCUUUUAAGAAAAUUCCCCAAAAAUCCUCUCAUGCCAUUUGUAAUGCUCAACAUGAGCUCUCAUCGUCAAACCCAGGACAGAAGGAGUCACGAGAAGAAAACUGGCAAGAGUGGAGACAAAGAGAUGAACAGCUGACAUCUGAAAUGUUUGAAGCAGAUCUUGAGAAGGCAUUGUUGCUAAGUAAAUUAGAAUAUGAAGAGCACAAAAAGGAGUAUGAAAAUGCUGAUAAUGCUUCAGCUCAGUCAAAAGUUACAAAUAAAAAAGAUAAAAGAAAGAAUCAUCAGGGAAAGGAUAAACCUCUCACAGUAUCACUAAAAGAUUUUCAAUCUGAAGAUCACAUUAGUAAAAAGACUGAGGAAGUGGUUCUAAAAGAUGGAAGAAUUGAAAGACUAAAGUUGGAACUUGAAAGGAAAGAUGCUGAAAUCCAGAAGCUGAAAACUGUGAUCACUCAGUGGGAGGCAAAGUAUAAAGAAGUAAAGGCAAGAAAUGCACAAUUACUGAAAAUGCUUCAGGAAGGUGAAAUGAAAGAUAAGGCAGAAAUACUUCUGCAAGUUGAUGAAUCACAAAGUAUCAAGAAUGAGCUAACUAUACAGGUGACUUCACUUCAUGCUGCAUUAGAACAAGAAAGAUCUAAAGUGAAAGUAUUACAAGCAGAAUUAGCCAAAUACCAGGGUGGCAGAAAAGGGAAAAGAAACUCUGAAUCUGACCAGUGUAGGUGAUUGCAUUAGCCUUGACACCAGCCCAAAAGUUAAAACUUUCAGGAUUUUGCAAAUAUGUAUAUAUUUAAUGUUGUGCAACUGCUAAACUAUGCAGUUUUUGUUGAAGGAACUAAAAGCAAGUAGCUCACUAACAGUCUAAUUUUGUGUUCUUUUGGCUUAAAAGUGAAAAGAAGAAAUACAGAAUUCCAGCAGAACUCAUGAUUAUUGUUUACUAUCCAUACAUACUUCUUACCACUUUAGUUUUUCAUCAGUCAAUAAAUUCAUUUACUCUUCCA